AUGGAACUUCUCGGAAACAUAAGUGUCCUUGGAUUAUCCCACACAUCUUCACAAGACUAGAGCCACCAAGAAACAACAAGAAUUUUCGUUCUCUGUCCACUAUCUAUUCUCGUUCAACAUGUCUUCUAAGAGAGUUGAGUUCACAACUUUUGAUGGCACCAUUUUGAGAGGAGACCUCUACAAGGCCGAGGCAAAAGAUGCUGGAGUUGUCGUGAUGACCCAAGGCCUUAGCUUACUGAAAGAGCACUUCGUCGACGAAAUUGCUAAAAGAUUUCAAGCCGCUGGAAUUGCAGCUUUGGUGUACGAUCACAGAGGGUGGGGAUCCAGUGAAGGAAGCCCUCAGUUUGAAACCGACCCGCUUCAGCAGGCCGCAGACUACCACGAUGCUAUUACAUUCGCGGUUUCCCUGCAAGCAUCGAGUCAGAAGCCGCGAGUCGCAAUUUGGGAGAUUGGACAUUCAGGAGGCGCAAGCAUGAUUGCAGGCAAUGAUCCAAGACUUUCUGCUGUGAUCUUGGUCAUGCCUUUCACCUCUGGAGCCCGAGAUGCGGCAGCAUUUCCUGCUGGCAUACUUGACAAAGCAUGGAGUAAUCGCGCAGAUACUGCUGCAGCAUGGAUGUCUGGCUCCACGCCGGAUGUUGAAUAUGUCACUUUAUGGGCAGACUCGGAAGCAAAUGGCAUGGGUGAGGGCCCUCAGAGAUUCUUGACUGGAACUGCCGCAUACGACUUCAUUACCACUGCUCGCCUGAGAUCUGACAGAGCUGGCACUCCAUCCGAGAACAAGUUGUCACUGCAGAGCUUCUACCAUAUUGCAAACAUCGAGCCCGCUGAUUACAUCUCGAAGAUCGCUCCGAGAGCGUUGCUUUAUCUUGCAGCUACCACUGAUGCGCUGACAGGCCCGCUUGAGACUCAUAAAGAGGUUUUCAGCCAUGCUGCAGAACCGAAGGAGUUUGUCAUCUUGAACAAUCAUCAUCUUGCGAAUUAUUUUGGUGAGGAUUUCGAGACGAAUGUGGGAAAGCAGAUUGAGUUCUUGAAGAGACAUUUAUAGUUUGCACAAUAGGUAGUGGCA